UUGCAGGUUCUCCAAACCUCUUGCCAAAAUGACCAUCCAGAGUAAAUGUGUGAUGCCUGCUCAAACUUGUUCCCAGAUACAAAACUUACACACACUGAGGUGGGACCUCUCGCCUGAACAGAUUAAAAUACAAACUGAUGACUUAAUCACAAGAAUAAACAAGAUGUGCAAUGAGAUCGGAUCUGUUAAGAUUGAAGAUGUAUCUAUUGAGAACACCUUGAAACCAUUAGCUAUGGCUAAAUUUGAUUUAGCGUCUUCCCGGCAUGUCCUUGAUUUCCCUCAGUAUGUGUGCCCUUCCAAAGACAUCAGGGCUGCGAGUACACAAGCUGACAAGAGCUUGUCCGAGUUCGAUGUGGAGAUAAAUAUGAGGGAAGAUGUUUUUAACAGACUUAUUGUCUUGCAGACCAAGUUCCAAAAUGAUCUGAGCCUUGAGGAGAAACGGUUUGUGGACAGACUUGUUACACGUGGCAAACGCAGUGGGUUACACCUGGAUAAAGAUAUUCAAGAGAAUAUAAAAAAUAUUUCUAAAAGGAUUAGUGAACUUUCAAUUGAAUUUAACAAGAAUCUGAAUGAGGACAACACCUUUCUUGUAUUUACUGAGCGGGAAUUAAGUGGUCUUGCAGAAACAUAUCUCAAUGGGCUGGAAAAAACGAUAGAUGGGCGGUAUAUAGUGACACUUGAAUAUCCUCAUUACUUUCCCCUGAUGAAAAGGUGUCACAUUCCCGAGACACGUCGAAAGAUGGAGACAGCGUUCCAUAGCAGGUGUAAGGAGGUGAAUACAGAGAUCCUGGAAGAAUUAAUCAAACUAAGGGCUAAGGCAGCAGGUUUACUUGGUUAUAGUAGCCAUGCAAACUAUGUGCUUGAAAUGAACAUGGCCAAGAAUGCAAGCAAUGUGUCUGACUUUCUUGAUGCAUUCUAUGAAAUGGUAAAGCCUAUCGGAAACAAAGAGAGAAAAUAUAUUCUUGCAUUAAAGAAGAGAGAGUGUUUAAUGAAGGGCUUCGCCUACGAUGGACAAAUUAAUGCUUGGGACCUGCCCUAUUAUAUGAAUCAAGUGGAACAGUUCAAGUUUGCUGUGAACAAGGACAAACUAAUUGAAUAUUUCCCACUAGAUGUGGUGACAGAAGGACUGUUUGGUAUUUACCAGGAGCUUCUGGGCCUCACAUUCACUGAGAUCCAACAUGCACAUGUGUGGCAUGAAAAUGUCAAGCUCUUUUCAGCACAGGACACUCAAAGUGGGGAGGAGAUUGGUCAAUUUUACUUGGACCUGCAUCCAAGAGAAGGGAAGUAUGGACAUGCAGCAUGCUUUGGCUUGAGGCCAGGUUGCACGAGCCCUGAUGGCAAACGGCAGAUUCCAGUGGCAGCAAUGAUUGCUAACUUUACCAAGCCCAGAAAAGGCCGGCCCUCGCUCCUUCAACAUCACGAAGUGGAGACAUACUUCCAUGAGUUUGGCCAUGUUAUGCAUGAGUUGUGCUCUAUGACCAGCUUUUCAGAAUUUAGUGGGACACAAGUGGAGAUAGAUUUUGUUGAGGUACCCUCACAAAUGCUCGAAAACUGGGUGUGGGAGAAGGAGCCUCUGAAAAGAAUGUCUCGCCAUUACAUAGAUGGAAGCCCAGUCCCAGAUAAUUUGCUGGAUAAACUUAUUUCCUCUAGAGUCGCAAACACCGGACUGAUGAAUCUCCGUCAGGUUGUUUUGAGUAAGGUGGAUCAGUAUCUUCACAAUAACCCCAGUGCAAAAACUGCAGAUGUCUUUGCAAAAUACUACCAGGAGAUUCUUGGUGUUCCAGCGACACCAGGCACCAACAUGACAGCCAGUUUUAGCCACUUGGCUGGAGGCUAUGAUGCUCAAUAUUACAGCUACUUGUGGAGUGAGGUCUACUCCAUGGAUAUAUACUUCAGUCGCUUUAAAAAAGAAGGAAUCAUGAAUUCAAAGGUUGGAGGAGAAUACAGAAGGAUAAUUUUGGAGGCUGGUGGUUCUGUGGAUGGGAUGGACAUGCUCAAAAGAUUUCUUGGACGUGCUCCGUGUCAAGAUGCAUUUUUUCAGUGUAAAGGUCUAGUGCCAUCUAUGUGACAUUUGAACACUUCAUCAUAAAACAUCUGCCAUAAAAUAGUAUUUGUAUAGUAUUUCCU